GAAAGUUACCGCGCAGUCCGUCGCGAACCGCGACUCCGACCGGCAGCGGCGCGGCGAGGCGCGAAAAAGGCCAGUCGAUGCCUCGCGCCGAAACUACGUCUCCGAGGCAUCGGCAGAUCGAGCCUCGCAGUACUUCGAGCUACUUGCGACGAACAACGACGAUCUGAAAUUAUUGCGACGUCGAGAAUUCAGUCAGUGAGAUGAGUCACACGAAUUUGGGAUUUACCGGCUCCCAUGGACAAGGCAUCCAGCAACUGGACCUGGAGGAGGCCGGGAGAAAGUCGGGCACUGAGAUGAAGACGAGAGGAACUCCGCUCGCCGCGGUGAAUGAGAAGAGUGAGAAAGUCAGCCCUCUGAGUGGCGUGUUCGUGCCGGAUGUCAAAGAACUCAAGAAGAAACAGAUGGACGACUACGAUCCCCAUUUGGACAGACAACUUGAGAACCCUACCAACAACACGGAGACCUUGCUGCACUUGCUGAAGGGCAGCUUGGGCACGGGCAUCCUGGCCAUGCCGAACGCCUUCUACCACUCCGGAUACGUCCUGGGGGUCGUGGGGACCAUCUUCAUCGCGUUCGUGUGUACCUACUGCAUACACAUGCUGGUGAAAUGCGGCUACGAGCUGUCCAAAAGAAAGCGUGUGUCGAAACUCAGCUUCCCCGACACAGCGCAAGCCGCCUUCAUGGAAGGACCCGGCGUGUUCCAGAAGAUUGCCCCGUACGCCGGGCACGUGGUGAAUGUGUUCCUGCUGAUAUACCAGCUGGGAACUUGCUGCGUCUACGUGGUGUUCAUUUCCACGAAUCUGCAACAGGUGUUCGAGGAGUACUCGUUGAAGCUGGACGUGCGCAUCUUCAUGGUGAUCAUGCUGCUGCCGCUGAUCCUCAUCAACUGGGUGCGCAACCUGAAGCUGCUGGCGCCCUUGUCGGCGGUCGCCAACGUCAUCCAGUUCGUGAGCUUCGGCAUCAUCCUGUACUUCAUCGCCCGCAACAUGCACGGCCUGGACGACAUCGAGCAGUUCGGCGAGCUGUCGCAGAUACCUCUCUUCAUCGGCACCGUGCUCUUCGCCUUGGAGGCGGUGGGCAUGAUCCUGCCGCUGGAGAACAACAUGAAGACGCCGAAGUCGUUCGGCGGGACGUUCGGCAUCCUGAACAUCGCCAUGUCAGUGAUCAUCGCCCUGUACGUGGGCGUGGGGCUGUCGGGCUACAUCACGUAUGGCAAGUUCGCCGAGGGAAGCAUCACCCUCAACCUGCCCAAAGGCGACAAGCUGGCGCAGAGCGUCAAGGUGCUGCUGAGCGCCGCCAUCUUCGUGUCGCACGCGCUGCAGUGCUACAUCGCCGUGGAGAUCGCGUGGGGCCACUACCUCUUGCCUCGCCUCGAGGGCCACAAGCACCGCACCUUCAUCGAGUACGUGGUGCGCUGCAGCCUCGUGCUCGUCACCUUUCUCCUGGCAGUCGCGAUCCCCAACCUGGAGCUGUUCAUCUCGCUGUUCGGCGCGUUGUGCCUGUCGGCGCUGGGGAUCGUCGCUCCCGCCAUCAUCGAGACGGCGACCUUCUGGUACUCGCGCGACCGCAGCCACUUCGUCGGCAUGCUGGUCAAGAACCUGCUGAUAUUGGUGUUCGGCCUGUUCGCGCUGGUCAUCGGCACCUACACAGCAUUGGUUGAGAUCGUCAAGAAGUUGUCGUAGUCCCUUCACCUUUUGCCAUGAGGGAGAAAGGGGGGGAUCUCCUCUUGCCAGAACUCCUCAGCGUGAUCCCGAAAAUGAGGAUAGCUCACCCCAACUUCCUCCAUCAGCAAGUCAAACUCCUCACGGGAAAGACGCAUGGACGCGGGGGAGGCAGCCGAAAUUUUGAGUCCCAAACAUCAUCUCCCAGUGACAUCCGAGAAGUUGAUCCAACAUGACACAGGGAAAAUCCCAAAAAUCUCUCUUCCCUGACGUAACUGCUAGACCGCAAGACCAUUUCGGAGCACCUUCAACAUACCAGCAGCUGAUCGAGUGUGACGUGUCGAUAUGGGGGAGACACCGUUGAAUAUCUUCCAUCCCAAAACAUCAGCCCCCCCCCCCCCCCCAAUUAAAAAAUCAAGAACAGAUGAUCUCCUUCCUCGGUUCACGUCUGAUCUGACAAACGUGUAGACUUGAGGCAAGGUGAAGAAUCCUGAGUCCCUAACAUCUCGUAACCAGAAGAUCUUUUCCACCGUCAACCCACAUCAUCUUCAGAAGCUCGUAGUUGGUUGGAUAGUAUGCGUCUAGGUACCACAAUGCUAGGAGUCUCGCAUCAGAAAAGUCUGAACGUCGUCAAGGCCCAGCUGACAUGACAGUCGACCAAUGUGCGCGCCCUGAGGGAAGGUCCAACAUUUCACUGGAAACAUUAGUGAAAUACGAUUGAUUCAUUAGAUUCAAGAACCUGCAGGACAGACAAUUAUAUAAUUGAAAGCCCUACAUUACAUAACGAUAUCGUUUUUUUGCGAUAUAGUAAAUUUGAACACAGGAUAUCACAGGGAAGCAAUUAAAAGUUGAAGGAUGUUAAUCUUUAAUUUAAAGGGUUUCGAUUCAUACUACUGUUUAGGUUCAAAUUAACAACCAAUUUAGUUAUAGAUACGUAUAAAACAGAACUUUUUGUCAUUUAAAUUAAUAGAAAAACAUCAGACUAGUCAAAUGAAAAAAAAAAUGCCAUGGAAAUGUAUUUGAUGAUAAUUAUUUUGAGUGUGAAUGCUCACAUUAUAAAUGAGAUAAAUAAUUACUUGUUUUUUUGGUAUUUUACAGAAAUCUCCUGUGAAAAUUUAUGUUGUUCCAUUUGUAGAUUCACAAGAAAAUAUUUUGUCAACUAGUCUUCAAAGCACCUCUUUUUAAACUUUGAUAACGUACAUCUUUUUAAUCAGUAAAACAAAAAUAAAACAUGGAAGUUUAAUUCUGUGAAUCAUUUUAGUAAUAAAAAAAUAAAUUUUUUGUAUGGAAAAUUUUACAAUUGUUCACGUUACUCAACUCACGUGCGUUUAUCAAAUACAUCGCAUUUUUUACUACAUGAGUUACCGCUGUACCAAGUUAUGAAACAUAGUUUUAAAUGUAGGUUUUAGUCUUUCCUUUUAAUCAUUGGUAGGUAUCUGAAAUAUAUUUGUAGAUAUUUUCAUCAUACGAUGCUCAAUGGCAUAAACACUCCUAUCAAUGCCAUCACUCACACAAUGCCACUGUUUUCGCGCUUUUCAUACUACAUAGUUGAAAUUUUGUAGUGUUUAAAUAAGUUUGUAUAUAGUUUGUUCCACAAAAUAUUAAACAUCCAACACAUCUUUUGUAAAGAUAAUGAGCAAUAUUUUAAAAUAUUUUCUUGUCAGUAUUAUGUAAAUAUUUAUAAAAAAACAAUUAUUUAUUUGUGUGGCUUAACCAAAACCAAUUGUCUGCCCAUUAAAUUGUUAUGCUGUUCUUAUGGUACGAUUCACGAGACUUCAUAAAAAAAGAGUGUAUUUUAUUAUGUCAUCCAAUAUUACAGAUUACUAGAGACCGGAAAAAUUCGCGGAUUCAUUUCACGAUAUGCUAGAAUCCAAGAAACUGUACCUUUAUAUUGCUUCUGUGAUUGGCUUACAGUUUAUCUGAAGGACUUUGAGCCAAUGGAAAACCUUCAACCAAAAAAGUAUCGAAUCGCGAGCGUUCCAGUCGACAGGUGUCACGAGUCAAUAGCCAAUGAGCAGGUGGCAUUUGCCUGAGUAUAUAGGCGGUUGUGGAGUCUAUCCUAUAGGUCAUCGAAAGCGCGAAUUAUUCCGGUCUCAACAGAUUACAGGUUCUUGAUUUAGUUAUAUUCGCAAAACAGUUUUUACAAACGAAAAUUGUUUAAUGUGUUUAUGGAAAAUCAAGCACAAAUAGUAUUAUUUAAAAAAAAUAUUUUUGACCGCACAAGCCACACUUUAAUUAAAGCUUUGUCAUUUAGCUUUUAUUAAUAACAUGAAAUGACAAAAUUUAAAUAUAUUAAAGUGGUUUUAAAUGUGAGAGAUUCGUGUGUAUGUUACUACUAGUGCCCAUUUAGUUCACGAAUUCGACUUUUAAUUUUUUUAUUAUUUGGUACAUAUUUUGUAUUGUAGACGCAUAUGAUUUGCGAUGACUAAUGUUAAUUGAUUUCUGUGAUAUUUGUUGUUGGCAAUUAUUGAAUUUGAUAUUUGUCCUAACUAUAGAUUUAAUUUGUUUUGUAUUAUGUUUAAAAUGUAUUGUAUUGUUUUGAACGAAGCAAUCUGUAUAGAAGUUAAGAUAUUUUUAGGAUAUAAAAGGACGCGUAACAGUUCAGCUACAUAAUUAUUAAAUGCGAAGAUAAAUAAAUUUAUAUCUUCCCUUGCCUCUCUAUAUCAAUAAAAAAUGGAUAUUUUAUUUACUAACAAAGUACGUACUCUUACAAGAAUACAAAUGUUUUCGUGAACUACAACAAUCACUAGCAAUUAUUUACUGUCAUUUGUUAAAUUUGUUGUAAACAAAUAUACAUUCAAAACUUUAAGCAAAAUAUACAUGAAAACUAGCCUAUAUUAAAAUUCCAUAGUAUCCAUUGUGUUAUGUGUCUAAAGAAGUCUAUUAUGUUAAAUACAAAUUUUUUACUAUAAUUAUUUCUCCAUGUUCGUUUGUUUAGCUUUAAGUUACUUUGAUAAUACAUAAAGGGCCUAUUCACUGUAAACAAAAUAGCCACAACCUAUGACAGUUUUAGUCAGUCACCUACAAAUAUAUAUUUGAUCAUAAAAAUAACCGUAAUAUAAGUCAAUAGUUUUAGCAGUAACAUUCAAAAGCUUUACCUUAAACCAUUUUAAAUAAUAUGAAGUAAUAUUUCACUAUGUAAUUUGUUGUCUAAAUGUUUAGAUAUAUUAUGUGAUUAUUGAUUUAUAAUAAUCAAUGUAUGACAAAGAAUUUUGAAAACUGUGUGUUUUAUAUUAAAACAUGCUUUUUAUAUUGUGAUUUAAGAGUGAAAGAUGUAAAUCGUAAAUUACAGAAUACAUAAUUUCUUUGUUGAAAUAAAUUAAUUUUAUUUCCCGUGUUUUGUUUUGUUGUUAUGCAUCCUUAGGUACAAUAUUGUCAAUUUAUAUGCAUGUAUGCUUAUAAAUUUUUGGUACAGAAAUCCAUGACUUUACGUCUUAGUUUUGUUCAAAAAUUUUCCUACCAAAUGUUCUAUUAAUAUCCUCAAUCUUAUGUAAUUGAUAUUUUAAAAAAAUGUUAUUUAAUUUUACUAAAAUUUUAUGAUAUAAAUAAAUUUACGUGUGGGUUGAAUUUAAUCAACACAACAAACAAUUGCUCUAAAAUUGUAUUCUUACCCUUCAAUGUUUACUGCCUAAACAAUAACAUAUCUAGUAACAAUUAACUGUAGUAAUUUAGAAUUAAUUUCUUUUAUUAGUGAAGUGUGUUCAAAUUCUGCGUUAAUAAACAACCAAAAAAAAAAAAAAA